GUUUGAUCAAUUGGUGCAAGAGGAAAGCGUUGGUGUAGGAUUGAUAGACAAUGGCCACAGGACGAGGUGAAGAGCAAUGCGACGCCUCCAUAAUCACCCCAACUACAGAUGGGCAUGGAGGUUACCCAGUGGAAAUUUUCCCUGCGAGCUUUGAUGAUAAAUUCAAGUGUAACUACUGCAAUCUUAUACUGAAAGACCCAUUACAGGGCUUCUGCGGUCAUCGCUUCUGCAAAUCUUGUAUACAGUAUGUUCAGCAGCUGAGUGAGAGAGAGAAAAAGCCAGUGAAGUGCCAGGCAUGUUUGGCCGAUGGCAGCCCGGACGAAGAAUAUAUCACACUCAGAUCAGAACAGAUGUUCCCUGACAAUGCUGUGAAGAGAGAGAUGGCCAAUGUUAGCGUUGUGUGUGCCAAUAAGCCGUGCAAUUGGAAAGGACCUUUCAAACAAUAUGUCGUGAAUGUCUAUACCCUGCAGAAACACGAUACUGAAUGUCCCCACACACCUGUCUCUUGUACCUGUGGGAUGUUGAUCGCCAAGUCACGGAUGACUGAACACUUGAACAGGGAAUGCACCUCACGGAAAAUAGCUUGUAGAUAUUGCAACCAGCAGAUAGUCUUUGGACAGAAAGACGACCAUAACGCAGUCUGUCCCAAACAGCCUCUCUGCUGCGGCAGCUGUGGCAAGAAGAAGAUUCCCAGGGAAAAGAUGAAAGAACAUUUAGAGAAAGAAUGUCCAAACCCUCGACUUUUCUGUCCACUGGGCUGUGAAGAAAUGGUGGAGAAAUCUAAAAUGGAACAGCACCUGAAGACCAAUACAGCGCUUCAUUUGCAGAUGAUUGGUCAGAAAAUUGAAGCGAUCGACCAAGAGGUCCGAAACAGUUUGGCCUCAGGAGGGAUGGUCAGAGGUUUUGAGACUGCCAUCACAGAGCUAAAUCAGAGAGUCCAGGGGAUGGAAGAGGAUUUACGAAGAGUAGUAAGGGGAGGGUCAUCACUAGGCGCAACAGGAGGCGGGGACAACGGAGCAGCUAAUGCACAACUUGUUGAGCGUAUGAGGCACUACGAAGAACUCGUGACUGUGCUGCAUGGGGAAAACCAGCGCUGCAUCACAGCAUUGCAGAGUAUUGAACAACAGCGACAGGCUGACAGACAGAUUCUCGAAACGUACGAGCAGAAAAUCCGCACGCUCGAGAGAGUGGUUGCUCUGAAAGAUGUCAUGAUUUCAGAGAUGGACUUAAGGCUAUUGUCCGUGGAACUGGCGAGCUAUGACGGAACGCUCUGCUGGAAAAUUUCUGACUUCAGCCGAAAACGUCAGGAUGCUAUUACGGGCAGAACGACCAGUAUCUAUUCGCCGGCGUUCUACACAGAGCGUAUGGGCUACAAAAUGUGUGCACGUCUGUACCCAAACGGUGAUGGGAUGGGGAAAGGUUCUCAUCUGUCCUUGUUUUUCGUCUUGAUGAGGGGCCACUAUGACUCGUUGCUAAAAUUCCCCUUUAAGCAGAAAGUAACGCUGAUGUUACUUGAUCAGUCAGGACGAGACAACCCGGAAAACGUAGUGGACGCCUUCCGUCCAGACCCUUCGAGCUCCUCAUUCAAGAGGCCGAGCACGGAAAUGAACAUUGCCAGUGGCUGCCCGCUUUUCAUGCCGCUCCAACAGCUGGACGCUGCAGUGGGCAAAUACCUUAAGGAUGACACCAUCUUCAUCAAGGUCAUUGUAGACUGCCCAGGAGCUGGGAAAUGAUGGGAAAAAAAAUCCUCUAAGGUCUCCCAAGGGCCUCUGGCCUAGUUGUCUAAGGUCCCCUUACCUAAGACACAACCCCGUGUGGUUGGACACUGAGCGUCAGUCCGCCUUGACCUCACACC